AUGUCGGAGCCCAGGGCGAAUGACCGAGGCCUGUUGCGGCGUGUGAUCGAAGCUGCUCUUGACCGUGGAGAGCGCUACCCUCCUAUGGCUGCUCAUGCCGCUGCCACCGCGGCUCGGAAUAGCGGGAUGUUCGGGAGUCAGAGCAAUGGCAUGCCGGACGAAGAACAAGGGAAACGGUUCACCACCUCGACCAACAAUCCAGACUCAUUAAUUCCGCCAAACGACAAGCUUCUUAUCUUCCGCGCCUUGACUGGUAUCGAUAGUGUUCCCGCUCUCACUCAAGCUGGACACUUACUGCGCAGUGCGCCCAACGUCGGCAUCUACACACGUGUUGUGAACAACGAGUCCAAGGCUGCGCGAGCAUACACCUUCUUCAACUACCUGAUCAACACUUGUCUUGGUAUUCAAAUUGUUGUCGCUGCCGCAUUGACCGCCCUCGGCGCCGCCAGUGGACCACACUCUGCCAUCACAGCGUUCGGCGCGAUCAACACUAUCAUGGCCGGCGUUCUGACAUACCUGCGCGGCUCCGGGCUUCCAGAUCGUCUGAAGAGCUAUCAGAACAAAUGGAAAAACAUUCGUGAAUAUAUUGAGCAACGCGAGCGAGAGUUUUGCUUGGUUGGCUGCGAUCUCGAUGUACAGGAAGAAGUUUUUAUCGUGGAAAGCAUGUACCAGAGUGUCAAGUCCGAGAUGGAAACUACCAAGAGCAGUGGUGAUGCUAAAACACAACAACCUGAUGAUCCCCGUAUUCGUCGCUCGCUUUUGCCUCCCUCGCAUCAACUCAGUGGUCAUCGUCAGUCCAUCGUUCCCACUCGGCGUUCUGAUGUGAAUGCGAUGAGCCCUCAACAAGAAGAGCCUGUGAGCCCGAUCACUGUUCCUGAGCCAGUCAUUGAAAAACACUGA